UGCGCAGUGCCCCUGACCACUGGUUGGUCGCGCGUGGCUGCUGCUCUGAACCGCGCAAGUCGCCUCGUGUUGGGUCCAGUGGCGCGCGGCGACCGACCAUGUCGUGGCUAUUUGGCGUCAACAAGGGCCCCAAAGGCGAGGGCACAGGGCCUCCAUUGCUGUUGCCGCCCACACCACCUGGGGCUGAGGGAGGCGGCGACCGUGGCGCUGGAGACCGGCCGGCGCCCAAGGACAAAUGGAGCAACUUUGACCCGACGGGCCUGGAGCGCGCGGCCAAGGCGGCGCGCGAGCUGGAGCACUCGCGCCAUGCCAAGGAGGCACUGAGUCUUGCACAGAUGCAGGAGCAGACACUGCAGCUGGAGCAACAGUCCAAGCUCAAGGAGUAUGAGGCCGCUGUGGAGCAGCUCAAGAGUGAGCAGAUUCGUGUGCAGGCUGAGGAGAGAAGGAAGACCUUGGCCGAGGAGACGCGGCAGCACCAGGCGAGGGCCCAGUACCAGGACAAGCUGGCCCGGCAGCGCUAUGAUGACCAGCUGAGGCAGCAGCAACUUCUCAAUGAGGAGAAUUUGCGGAAACAGGAGGAGUCAGUGCAGAAGCAGGAGGCCAUGCGGCGAGCCACCGUGGAGCGGGAGAUGGAGCUGCGGCACAAGAACGAGAUGCUGCGUGUGGAGGCAGAGGCGCGGGCCCGGGCCCAGGCAGAGCGUGAGAAUGCGGACAUCAUCCGUGAGCAGAUCCGCCUGAAGGCCGCAGAGCACCGCCAGACGAUCCUGGAGUCCAUCAGGACAGCUGGCACCCUGUUUGGUGAAGGAUUUCGUGCUUUUGUGACUGACUGGGACAAAGUGACAGGCACGGUGGCAGGACUGACGCUGUUGGCUGUUGGAGUCUACUCUGCCAAGAAUGCUACCGCUGUUGCUGGCCGGUACAUCGAGGCCCGGCUGGGGACCCCAUCACUGGUGCGGGAAACCUCACGCAUCUCGGUGCUGGAGGCACUGAGGCACCCUGUCCAGGUUAGCAGGCGGCUGCUCAGCAGGCCCCAGGAUGCGCUGGAAGGAGUCAUUCUCAGUCCCAGCCUGGAGGCCCGGGUACGGGACAUCGCCAUAGCAACAAGGAACACCAAGAAGAACAGGAGCCUGUACAGGAACAUUCUGAUGUAUGGGCCUCCAGGCACUGGCAAGACGUUGUUCGCCAAGAAACUGGCACUGCACUCAGGCAUGGACUAUGCCAUCAUGACCGGUGGGGAUGUGGCCCCUAUGGGACGUGAGGGUGUGACUGCCAUGCACAAGGUCUUCGACUGGGCCAACACUAGCCGGCGAGGCCUCCUGCUAUUUGUGGAUGAAGCAGAUGCCUUCCUCAGAAAGCGAGCAACUGAGAAGAUCAGUGAAGACCUCAGGGCCACCCUGAAUGCCUUCCUGCACAGAACCGGCCAGCACAGCAGCAAGUUUAUGCUGGUGCUGGCCAGUAACCAGCCCGAGCAGUUUGACUGGGCCAUCAAUGACCGCAUCGAUGAGAUGGUCUGCUUUGCGCUGCCGCGGCGGGAGGAGCGCGAGCGCCUGGUGAGAAUGUAUUUUGACAAGUAUGUUCUUAAGCCAGCCACGGAAGGAAAGCAGCGUCUGAAGCUGGCUGAGUUUGACUACGGGAAGAAGUGCUCUGAGGUCGCCCAGCUAACGGAGGGAAUGUCAGGCCGAGAGAUUGCCCAGCUGGCUGUGGCAUGGCAGGCCAUGGCAUACGCCUCUGAGGAUGGUGUCCUCACAGAGGCCAUGAUGGACACCCGCGUCCAGGACACUGUCCUGCAGCACCGGCAGAAGAUGCAGUGGUUGAAUGUGGAGGGACCCAGCCCUGUGUCCUUGUCAACCGUGCCUGGCCCUGACACCUGACCAGCAGUUCCCUCCUACCAGGGCUGCACUGGUGGCCAGCUCCCAUCCCUGCCCUCUGGCUACCACCAGGGAGGAGCAGCAGGCCCUCCCGUGGGAGCCUAGGAUGCUUGCCUGAGCAGGGAGCAGGCGAGUGCUGUGGCUGUGACCCACGGUGGCCAGGGGCAGGGACCCCUAGCUGCCUGCCUGGCCAGCUGGACCCUGCCACCCACACCCGGUGGGCAGACCUGGCUGUGGGCAAAAGUGCCGGGCGCUCCAUGAUCUGCUGCCCAUGUGGGGCUGCAGCUGAACCUCUGAAUCUAGAAUGCAAUAAAACUCUGGUGACCCUUG